GGGCCGUUGCGGCGACCGUUGGCCCGUGAGGGACUUCUUGGGCAUCCGGUAGAGAGAGGUGACUGGUAGAAGAGAGAAACCUGUUCCUGACUAUGUCGAGGAGAAAGUUGGAGAAUAAAAGCCUUUCUGGCUUGUUAGCCACAUCUCUGCAGACACAAAUCAAGACAGACAAUUUCCACAAUUUUUAUAUGCUUGAAUCGAAAGAGCUAGGGAGAGGAAGAUGUGCUGUGGUUAGAAAAUGUAUAGCUAAAUCCACAGGCCAAGAGUAUGCAGCUAAAUUUUUAAAGAAAAGAAGAAGAGGUCAAGACUGCAAAGCAGAGAUUCUUCAUGAAAUUGCCGUACUUGAAUUAAUGAAAUCUAAUCCUCGCAUAGUUAAUCUCCAUGAAGUCUAUGAAACAGCAAAUGAAAUCAUCUUAGUGUUGGAAUAUGCUGCUGGAGGAGAAAUAUUUGACUUGUGUGUCCCAGAUCUGGAUGACAGAAUUGGUGAAAGGGAUAUUGUAAGACUUAUAAGACAGAUACUUGAAGGUCUUUGCUGCUUGCAUGAAAACAAUAUUGUUCAUCUUGAUUUAAAGCCUCAAAAUAUUUUGCUAAGCAGCGUCAAUCCUCUUGGUGAUGUAAAAAUUGUAGAUUUUGGUAUGUCUCGGAAGCUUGAGAAUUCUACUGAACUGCGGCAGAUCAUGGGAACAACAGAAUAUCUAGCUCCAGAAAUCUUAAACUACGAUCCUAUUACCACAGCUACAGAUAUGUGGAACAUAGGUGUAAUUUCGUACAUGCUGCUGACACAAGAAUCUCCAUUUGUGGGAGCUGAUAAUCAAGAAACUUACCUUAAUAUAUCUCAAGUUAACGUGGAUUAUUCAGAAGAAACAUUUUCAUCAGUUUCACAGCCUGCCAAAGACUUCAUUCAAAAACUUCUCAUAAAAAAUCCAGAGGAAAGACCCACAGCAGAGGCCUGUCUUUCUCAUUUGUGGUUGCAGCAAGGGGAGUUCAUACUCUUGUGUAGCCCUGAAGAAACUUGUUGCUCUUCUCUGAUGCCAGGACACACAACAAAAUGCUCAGAAGAGCGGAAUGUAAAAUCCAGUUGUAAUGGUACCUGUAGCAACAAGGAAGACAAAGAAAACAUUCCAGAGGACAGCAGUACAGUCUCCAAACGUUUCCGUUUUGAUGAUUCAUUGCAGUAUCCCCAAGACUUCAUGACAGACUUCGUAUGUUAAUGUGUAAUAUAGACUUUUAAAAUUAAUUUAGCAUAAUCUAUUCCAGUGGCGAAUACAAGAUUAUGGCUUGCCAAUUCGUGCAGCAUUGGCAUACUGGAAAUGCACUUUGAUUCUUUUAUGCUGGUGCUUCCUUUUCUAUCCAUUGCUGGCAAUGGAUUUAAGUCCUGAGAAAUUGGGAUUGUUGCACCAACAAAAUGAAUUAUUUUUUUUAAGAAGAUAUAUAAUCAAAUAUUUUUGCACUUUUGAAGUUUUAGUCCAAAAAUGAUGCCAGAGUGAACAAACUAAAACCUGAAAAUGAGUUUGUUUAAACUCAGGCUUUGCCAAACAGUGGUUGAAUACAUGCACGCUUUUAUGACUAGCCUUAAUAAGAAAUCGGGCUAAGCAGGGAAACUGAAUCUAGCUGUCUUACUGGGCUUAUUUGUGACCAUUCUCAUCGCUUUAAAUCGAAGCUAAAGUUGGUAUGUUUUGGGAAUAUGAUACAUCUGUUGGGGCCAUUUGGAAAACUGCCUUCUCUCUAGGAUCAUUAGUAGUUAAGGAAAUGUUUCUGCCUUAGAUCUGGUCCACUUAGAGAUUAUAAUGCAUACUCUGUGUGUUUUUCCUGUGUUGGAUCUCUGCAAUGCUUGAAUAGAAAACGGGUAGAUUGUCAGUCCUUGUGCUAGUGGUCCUUUGCUUCUUAUCAGUAAGUUAUAGUUGAAGAGGAGGAGGGUCGCAUGCUGAUGUGAAUAUUUGAUAAACUUGUUAGUUUGCUUUCAUAAAACCUCUGAAAUAGUAUCGUCUGCCUGUAUUGACCUAUUCCUCAUCUUAAACCCCCCCCCCAAAAAAACCAAAACAAAAAGCCUCUUUAGAGUUAAAAGUAGUAACUGAAUAAACUGAAAAUAACCUUUUUUUGCCAGUGAAGCUGCAAUUAAAAGCUUUUCAUUAUGUCCCUCGUAACGUAGAAGUGCAGUGCAUCUUUCUGUCAAUUUUUGUUAGCCAGAAUAACUUAGCUUCAUGCCCGCUCUGAGAAAUGGACUGCAGUGUGUUAGUAUUUAAAAACAAACUACCUAAUAAUUGUUGUAAGCCUUUAAAUUUGGUUUGUUUAGUGGGUUUGUUAUUUUUUUAAGUUAUCCCUUCCACUUCCUGUUUCUAGGCUCUGAGGAAAUAAUGCCUAUGUCAAGUUUUGACUUAGAGCAAAUACCAAUCAUGCCUUAACAGCCUGAAACUAAUACUGACAAGAUAAAAUCCUAAUCAUAACACUGAGGCUGGAAGUCUUUUUGUGUAGGGAAUGUAUUAAAACUCUUAGAAAUAUUUUGAAAGUAAAUGGCACUUUAAAAUACUUUUGGGAUUUUCCACUCCUCAGAGCUUAGACCUAAUCAUCUUUGAUUUGGAUUUAGUUUGUUUUGUAUAAUAAUAUAUCACAGUCUGAUAAUAUUUUUCAAGUGUGCCUGUGGACUUGUCGAUAGUUAGGCAGAUUGAGGUUUUGGAACAACAUAUGAUUGAGAGGUGAACAUAAUGAGUGGUAAAAGGUUGUAUUUUAUCUUUCUUCACACAAGGAAGGAACAGGUUUUUUUACAAAUAGAUUCCAAUAUAAGGUAUCACCAUAAUGCAUGGGGGAAUUCAGGACUGUUGUCUUUAUUUUCACUUGUCGACAUGAGUGUCACCCAAAAGUUGACUGAGGUGUAACGCAUGUAAGACUAUCUUUCAGCUUAUGUUUCUCAGAAGAAGUAAAAGUUUUCCAAGACUUAAUCUCAUGUGAAAUGAAGUAACAGAUAUAUUCAGCACAUAUGAAGCUCAGGUGCCUAGGUAUAAAUGAACCACACUGAGUCUCCUCUAUGUAUUAAUUCUCAUGUAACUUUUUUCAGUGAUACUGAUAAUAUAUAUAAUUAUAAAAUUACUUUGCUGAAGGCAGUUGUUGGAUUGUGUUCAGGUACCUUAUACCCUUACUUUUCAAAGUCCUUGGCUUUUCCCAGUUGGAGUCUUACCUAACCUUUUGUUUUUUUCCACCAGUAUGGAGUCCAAUUUGAACUGGGUAAAUUAAAAAUACAAACUAUUUUAUACAUACUCAGAAGUUAAAGUUCACUUAAGAUAAAGAAGAAAAUGUCAAAAAGCUGUAACAUUUAAAGGUAGAAAAGAAUGUUUAUAAAAUUGUUACACUUUAAAAUUCUGCAGAAAUAUUACUGAACUGAAAUUACAACUGGGAAGCCUGUGAAAGUCUUCGUACAUUAGUAUUCUGUUUUUAACAUCUGGAAAAUAAAGCUGAAAGCAUAUGCCAGCACUUUAUGACAAAGUUGUUAUUCCUUAAGAUUUUUAUCAUAGUAUCUGAUGUUUACAUUUCUUACUACUUUUGGAGCUAACUUAUCUUUAAAUUUAAAUAAAUGAAAAUUGGUCUUAUCCAAGGAACUUAAGUUUUGAAGACUUUAUUUGUACUUUAUGUAAACUUAAAAUAUACCUUGAAUCAGAUUUUGUUUGGAUCAGUGCGUUUGAUUUAUUUAAAUAUUAUUGUGCAUGCAUAACUUCAGUUGAAUGUAAAUACAUACAUUGUAGACAAUUGUUAGCCCGUCUUGCUUCCUGCCAUAUUAGUGGGAAUUACCUAGUGUAAAUGAAUGAUGAGUAACAUUUUAAGAUGACUGAAGUCAUAUUUCUAUGCAGUUCAUGACCUUUUUAUAUUAAAAAAAAAAAUAAACUUUGCCUUUU